AUGUGUCAACAUCAAACAAGCAAACCUGUUGCAGCAGAAUCAACCAGCACUACCACUACUACUACCACUGUGAAGCCAAUGAACAAUUUUCAUUCUCCUUUUCCUGAUGAUGUACUUGAUGAAAUUUUAUCCUUUCACGCCAAUGAUUUUAAAUUUAUUGUAAUGAAUUGUGCCUUAGUUUCUAAACAAUGGUUGAAUGUUGUUGUGGAAAGAGGUAAACUUUCGCUAAAAUGUAACAAUGAUGACAAGUUGAAAGGUCAAUUUUUACAAAAUAUUGAAACUUUGAAAGUAGAUAGGGAAAGUUUAACAAUUAUGUUCGAUUGUAAAAUAUUGGAAUUUAUGAAACAAUUGACUGAUCUUGAUGUACAAUAUAACAAUCUUGGUACAGAUGAGGUAAAAUACAUUAGUCAAUUGAAACAAUUAAGAAAUCUUGAUAUAAGUAUCAAUAAUAUAGAUAAGGAAGGUGCUAAAUACAUUAGUCAACUGAGUCAAUUAACUAAACUUAAUAUUAGCGGGAAUUGUUAUUGCAUUGGUACAGAGGGAGCUAAACACAUUAGUUCAAUGAAACAAUUAACAUAUCUAGAUAUUUCCAAAAAUGAAAUUGGAGAUGAAGGAGCUAAAUCUAUUAGUGAACUGAAACAAUUGACUAGUCUUUAUAUUCUUACUAAUAAUAUUGGAGAUGAAGGAGCUAAACACAUCAGUGGAAUGAAUCAAUUGACCGAACUUGAUAUUAGUUUCAAUCUUAUUGGUAUUGAAGGUGUUAGACACAUUAGUUCUAUGAAACAAUUAACUUCUCUCUCUAUUAAUAAUGCAAAGAUUGGUGAUGGAGCAAAAUAUCUUGGAGCAAUGUCUCAAUUGACUAAUCUUAAUAUUUUUUCCUGUAACAUUGAAAGUAAUGGAGCUAAACAAAUAAGUGCACUUCAACAAUUGAAAUUUCUUGGUAUUGGAUAUAAUCAAUUAGGCCAUGAAGGUGCUAAAAACAUUAGUGAAAUGAAACAGUUGGACAGUCUUUAUAUUUGUGGUAAUGAUAUUGGUGAAAGGGGAGCUAAACACAUUAGUGGAAUGAAACGAUUGACUACUCUUAAUAUUUGUGAAAAUAACAUUGGUGACAAUGGAGCGAAAUUCAUUAGUCAAUCAAAAAGCUUGACAAUUCUCAGUAUUUAUUCAAAUGAUAUUUCUCAAGUUGGAGAAAAAUUCCUUCAACGAAUGAAACAAUUAGAACGUCUCGACAUUUAA